AGAAAUUUUCCGCGCUUUAAAAUUAUAAUUCCAAUUUUUUUCUCAAAAAUAUAUUUAAAGUAAUCCAUUUUUAAUAUAUAAAAGAAAAUCCACAAAAAAAAAAAAACAGAAGAAAACACAGAAGACUAAUAGCGUGCAUGCGCAUUUAAAACGCCAAAAAAGAAAAACAAAAUAGAAUAAAAACAAAAAACAAAAAACAGCGGUAUUAUUUCUUAAAAAGGAUUUUCUUUUACCGAAAAUAUCCUGGAAACGUUGUUGUAAAAGUGUUAUAUUAAAAUAUAUCAAUAUAUUUACCUAUGAAAUCAUUUUUUUUUUGUUGAAAUAUUGGCUAAGCAUUUUAUUAUACGGUGUUUAAAAAUUAAAAAUUAUAAAAAUAAUUUUCGAAAUCAGAUUUAGUCCUACAAAAUCAGAAUUAAAAAUUGAUUAAUAUUAAAAUUAAGACUAUUUAUCCAAAGAGAAAAAUAGGAAGAGGAAAUUAAAGAAAUUUUGAACAGAAAUUUCCAUAAAAUUAAAAAAAAAAGGAACGAGACAUCAUAAGACGAAAUUCUUUUAAAGAAAUCACAUCUGUUCCCGUUAUAUACUCGUAUAUAUAUUAAGAGAAAUUCUUCAGGAUAUUUUGAAUGAAUCCCAAAGCUGUUGUUCAUAAAAAUUCGAAUAUGGAAAAACCUUCAAAAAAUCGUUUACAAAAAACACCAAACGAAUGCGUUCAGGUGGUUGUAAGAUGUCGGCCUAUGAACGAAAAGGAAAAAAUUGAAAAUCAUAAUGUUGUUAGUGUAUAUCCGAUGCGUGGCGCUGUUGAACUAACAAAUAUAAAUACUGAUCCAAAUAAAGAGAAUCGUAAAUUAUUUACAUAUGAUGCUGUCUAUGACAUUAAUUCGACACAAAAACAAAUUUAUGAUGAAGUUGUGUUACCAUUGGUAUCAAGUGUUUUGGAAGGUUUUAAUUGUUGUAUAUUUGCAUAUGGUCAAACUGGUACAGGUAAAACUCAUACAAUGGAAGGUAUUGCUAAUAGUUCAGAAAAUAUUGGUAUAAUACCAAGAACAUUUGAACAAAUCUGGUCACAUAUAAAUCGUACACAAAAUACUAAUUUUUUGGUUGCUGUAUCAUAUUUAGAAAUUUAUAUGGAAGAAUUAAGAGAUUUGUUAAGACCAAAGAAAAAAAAUUUAGAAUUAAGAGAAAAGGAAAAAGGUGGAAUCUAUGUACCAAAUUUACAUUCAGUUUCAUGUCAAAGUGUUGAAGAUAUGAAAAAUGUUAUGAAUCAAGGUAAUAAAAAUCGUACUGUCGGUUAUACAAAUAUGAAUGAACAUAGUUCACGUUCACAUGCAAUCUUUAUGAUUAAAAUUGAAAUGUGUGAAGAAGAAUCGAAUACAAUUAAAGUUGGUAAAUUAAAUUUAAUUGAUUUGGCUGGUAGUGAAAGACAACAUAAAACUGGUGCAACAGCUGAACGUUUAAAGGAAGCAUCAAAAAUUAAUUUAGCAUUAUCAUCAUUGGGUAAUGUAAUAUCAGCAUUAAGUGAGAAUUCACCACACAUACCAUAUCGUGAUUCAAAAUUAACACGUCUAUUACAAGAUUCAUUGGGUGGUAAUUCAAAAACAAUAAUGAUUGCAAAUAUUGGACCAUCAAGUUUUAAUUAUAAUGAAACAUUAACAACAUUACGUUAUGCAUCAAGAGCUAAAACCAUACAAAAUAAACCAAUUAAAAAUGAAGAUCCACAAGAUGCUCAAUUACGUGAAUAUCAGGAAGAGAUUGAACGUUUAAGAAAAUUAAUAUCUGAAAGACAAAAAACUGAAAAAACCUAUAGUAUUAAACGUGUUAAAAGUAAUAAAGUUAAAAAUGAAAUUGAAAUUGAAAAUUGUGAAAAUAUUGAACCAGAUGAUAAUAAUAUUGAAAAUACUGUUUCAAUUGAUACUGAAGCAUUAGAACGUGAACGUGAUAUAACAUCACAAUUGGCUGUACAAUUACAAGAAUUAGAAAGUCAAUUAGUUAAAGGUGGUAAAAAUAUAUUGGAUACAUAUACUGAACGUCAAAUUGAAUUAGAAAAGAAAUUAGUUGAAAUUGCUGAACGUAAGAAACGUGAAGUUGAAAUACAACAACAGCUUGAAUUACAAGAAGAAACAACAUUAGAAAUACGUGAUACUGUAACAACAUUAGAACAAGAAGUUGAUAUUAAAACAAAAAAAUUAUCAAAAUGUUAUGCUAAAUAUUUGGCAUUACAACAAGAAUUAAAUGAUACCAAAAAUGAACAUAAUUAUGAUUUAAGAGAAUUAGAAGUAACACAAAAUGAAUUAGUUAAAGAAUUAAAACGUUUAUUAUUAAUUAUUGAUAAUUUUGUACCAGUUGAAAUUAAAAGUCGUUUAUACACACAAGCCAGAUAUGAUGAAGAAGAAGAAGAAUGGAAAAUUUCACCAACAAUAUUAAAUGAUAUUACAUUAAAAAGACCAAUAUCAUGUUCAACACGUCGUCGUCCAAUGUCCGAAUAUAGUUUACAAGAAUCAAAACGCAGUAAUUCAAAUUCAUAUCGUCAUCUUGGUGAAAAUAUAGUUAAUUAUGAAUUAGAUAUGCCAUGCCGAACAACAUAUGAAUAUCGUAGACCAAAAAUUUCUGCAUCAUUACAAGCUGUAUUAGCUGAAGCAAUGCAAACAGAUGAUGAUAUUGAUAUUAUUGAUGCAUCUGGUGGUAAUCAAACAAAACUUGAUCGUAUUUUAAAUACAAAUUCCCAACAAUAUGGUAAUAAUAGUAAUACAAUUAAUUCACGUAAUAUUAAUUCAUCAACACCAGAAGGCAGAUCAAAUAAUAAUAUUAAAAAACCAGUUUCAGCUUAUCCAAAAUCACGUGGUUUAGUUAAAAAAUAAAUUAUAUCAUUAUUAUAUAAGAAUGAAAAAGAAAAGUAUGUAAUUGGAAAUUGCAAUAAAAUGAAAAGAAUUAAUUUGAAAUUAAAAUAAACUGCAAAUUAGGCAGAAAAAUUAAAUUUAAAAAUUUGAAAAAAUUUUGCAUAAAAAUUAAAAUUUGAUGUGCUAUAUAAAAUAUUCACAAUAAUUUAUGUAUGUACAACUUAGUAUAAAAAUUUAGAUGCAAUUUUGUAUAAUAUUAUCAAAAUUUCAGGCUUAUAUUAAUAUAUA